AUGGAGAGAGAGCGAGAGUGGGACAUCACCACCACACACCUCAACUCUCUAUUCCAGCCCCUCAAAUCAACCCACACCACAGAUUUCAACUUCCCACCACUCACCAUGGCCUCCUCCGACCCCACCCCUUCCAAACCCCCCUCCGAUUCCCCCAUCCCUCCCCAAGGAGGUCUCCUCACCCCCUCCCCCAAAUACCACGGCACCCCCCCCCUCCAACACCACCUCCAACUCCUCGCCGCCUUCUCCUCCAUCGCCGCCCUCCUCAUCCUCCGACGACAAACCAAACUCUCCCUCUCCUCCCCCCUCACCCAUCCCCCGCCCCCGGUCUGGCAAAAAGCCCUCUUCUACUCAGCCACCUACCUCUCCUUUUCCGGGCUCGCCCACGACUACACCGGCAAGUCAAUCUACAAGCGCACAAACGACCGUCUCGACUCCCUCUUUUCCUCCUCCUCCUCUUCCCAAUCAUCAAACUCAAUCUUCAACCCCCUUCCCGAACAAGCCCAGCGGACAAAGCAGCUAAUUAAGGAGGAGAGGGAGCGGAGGAGGUUAGCUGAGGGUAAGCCGCCAACAGAGGCAAAGGAGGAGGAGGAGAAAAGGGGUGUCAUCACCAAGAUAUGGAUGGGGGGUGAAAAGGACGGGUGGCAAGAGAGAAGAAUGGAAGAAGAAAAAAAAGCGCUGGAAGAAGGGAAGGGGUAUGGGGAUUUGAUUAUGGAGCAGAUCUAUGAGGUUUUUGGGUGGGGAGGAAAGAAGGACGAUGAGAAAAAGGAGAAACCGGAGGAGAAGAAGAAGGAUUAA